UAGCAAGAUUCAAGAAUAAGGUUUAGCCAUGUUUCUUGGAAUCUCUUCUUCGUUCCUCCCUUCUCCUCUCAUCCAAACUUCACACACGUCCACGCCCUUCCAUCAUCUCAACAUCAAAUUGAAUUUGAAUCUUUCGCGCCGUAACUCUAAUCUUUCGCGCCGUAACUCUACCCCCAAAUCGACCCAAAACAUUACGAAUUCGCCAUCGACAUCAUCAUGUAGCAGUAGCAGUAGCAGCAGCAGGAACAAGAUUUGCUUAUGUGGGAGAAGGCCAUUUUUAGCAACAAUCUCCACAGCUCUCAUCCCAAUUCGCGAUUCCAAUGGCUUCGAUUCGCUUUCUGAUGAUCCCAUGGCUGUGCUGAACAGGGUUCACCCUCCAAGACCAGAUUGGUACGAGGAAUUUUACGCUACAGCCAUGGAUACAACAAUGAAAUCUUACGAGACUGAGAUUGCAGGUUAUAAGUCGCAACUUUUUGCAAAUCUAACAGGGAAGGCUGCAAAUAUAUUGGAAAUAGGCAUAGGAACGGGUCCUAAUCUCAAAUACUAUGCUAGUGCGACUUCUGAUGCAAAUGUAAUCGGUGUAGAUCCGAAUAAAAAGAUGGAAAAAUACGCUCAAGCUGCAGCAGAAGCUUCUGGUUUGCCUCAAAAGAAUUUCAAGUUUAUUCAUGCCGUUGCAGAAGCAUUACCUGUAAGUGAUGCUUCCAUGGAUGCAGUGGUGGGCACUCUGGUGCUAUGUUCUGUUAAAGAUGUUAACAAGACUCUUCAGGAGAUCAAAAGGGUUCUUAAACCAGGUGGGGUUUACAUAUUUGUGGAGCAUGUAGCUGCCAAAGGUACUCCACUGAAUAAAAUGUUAGGCCUUAAUGUAGUUAGACACCAACAUAUUGUUGAAAUAUGGUUCGUUUCUCAAAGUUAUGCAGAGUUUUUUAGAUCCAUUGCAGCAGGUGGUUGCAGAUGGAUGUCAUCUUACUAGACAAACAGGAGAGACUAUUUCUAAAGCUGGCUUCUCAAAUGUUGACAUGAAAACAGCUUUUCUUUCUUCUGCAUCAUUAAUAAACCCUCAUGCAUAUGGAAUUGCUUG